ACGUGCGGCGCCAGAGUGUCAACAUGGGCAAAAGAAGGCAGAAGAAUCAGCUUUUCACGAAUUUAACCAAGAAACAGAAGAAACACUUGAAGGAGUUUGGAGAGGAGCACCCGUUCCACGACAAAGUUCAUGAAAGACCUGAAAGGACUCAAAUAGUGGAACUGCCAUCAAGCCCAGAACAAUCUGAUGCUGAACCCAAUGAGCUGGAAGAAGAAGAGGAAGAACCAGAGGAGAAAACAGCCUAUCAGAAACUUCUUUCAACCCUCAGCCAAGCCACAAGUAACGCACAGAGCGAAGAGGAGGAAAGCACUGAUGAUGAAGAGGAAGAAGAGGAGCUUCUUGGUGAAGAGGACAGCGAUGGAGAUGGAAGCGAGGAUGGUGAUGAAGAUGAAGGGGGAGAGGAGGAACCUGUAGGUGAAGAUGAAGCUCUGACAGAACCAGGAGAAGGAAAUGAGGAGACGAAGGAGGAGACAGAGAAGAAGAACGAGGCAGGAGAUGAAGAGUUUGUAGACAAGGAACAUGAGUCCGAGUUCUGUCUGGAGACCAACUUUAUGGGGGAAGGAGAACAAGAGGACGCUGAAAACUCUGCACAACAGAAAGACAAUAAUGACAUGUUUUUACAGCAUUUGGACACGGAGCUUGGUGAAGAGGAUGUGCAGAAGAUAACAUCAGGGGCCAAAUCUAAGACUCAGAUUACGUGGCCAAAAUUGGGAGCUCUACUCUCUACUAGUUCCCUUGAGAACUUCGGCUCCAUUGGCUCUCAGAAAGACACAAAACUCCCAGUUUUUCACAAACUGCUGGAGACCUGCUGGAAGGACCUGAACCAGACGUCCAAUCCUAAGGGGGUUGCAGAACAGAUCAGCCCUCUCCAGCUGGAGUUGCUGGCCCUCAUGGGCUCCUACAAGGAUCUGUACUACCCAGAGAUGUGUCCUGUUAACCAGGGGCCACAUGUGCGCAGUGCAUACUGUCUACAUGUGCUCAACCACGUACUGAAGGCAAAUUCGCAGGUCCUAGCUGACAACGCCCAGCUAAGAGAGCGGAAAACUCAGGCUAAAGCUGGAGCUGAGCCUCAGGACGAACCCAGAGACCAAGGACUGACCAGGCCUAAGGUCCUGAUUCUCGUUCCAUUCCGGGGCAGCGCACUGCAAGUCAUCCAUACGCUCAUCAGCCUGCUGGAGACCAAAGGAAAGAAAAUUAUGGUCAGCAACAAGAAGAAGUUUAAAGAAGAGUUUGGAGAGGAGGCAGAUGAGAAGCCAUCCAAUCUGCAGAGACCAGAGGAUUACCGCGCCAUCUUUUCAGGCAACGUGGAUGAUCACUUUAGGAUAGGUGUCUCCAUUAUAAGAAGCAGCAUACGUCUCUAUGCUCCCUUCUACUCAUCAGACAUCAUCAUUGCAUCUCCACUGGGCCUUCGCACUGUGCUGGGAGCAGAAGGAGAAAAUAAGAGAGACUUUGACUUCCUGUCCUCUAUCGAGCUGCUGGUGGUGGACCAGGCAGAUGUCUUCCUCAUGCAGAACUGGGAACAUGUCCUGCAUGUGAUGAAGCACAUGAACCUGCAGCCGCUGGACUCCCAUGGAGUGGACUUCUCCAGGGUGAGGAUGUGGAACCUGAACAACUGGGCCAGACAUUACAGACAGACGCUGGUGUUCAGCUCCAUCCAGGACCCACAGAUCAACAACAUCCUCACCAAACAGUGUGCCAACUACCGUGGACAGAUUGUCACAAAGAACAUGCCAAAAACAGGUUCCAUCUGCCAGGUGCUUGUCCAACUGCCACAUGUGUUUCAAAUGUUCUCCUCCGACAGCUUCAUGGACCACGAUGCUCGGUUUCAGUUCUUUUUAGAUAAAGUGCUGCCUCAGUACAGGGACUCAGUCAUGUCCCACACACUGAUCUACAUCCCAUCUUACUUCGACUAUGUCCGGUUACGCAACUACAUGAAGAAAGAGGAGAUGAACUUUGCCAGCAUCUGCGAGUAUUCCAGCAAAUCAGAGGUGUCUCGAGCCAGACACUUCUUUCAGACAGGACAAAAACAGUUCCUGCUCUUCACUGAACGCUUUCACUUCUACAAGAGGUACACCAUCAAAGGCAUCCAGAACCUGAUAUUUUACGGACUGCCCUCCUACCCCCACUUCUACAGCGAAGUGUGUAACAUGCUGGCAGCAGGGGGUCAGGGCGAGGUGGCCAGCUGGACCUGCACUGCUCUCUACUCCCGCUACGAUGCCCACAAACUGGCUGCCAUCACCGGCAUGCAGCGAGCAGGUCAGAUGCUGCACUCCAACAAAACUGUUCACCUCUUUAUCACUGGAGGGGAAGACAAAAACUCCUGAUGGAGCUGCACAGGUGAAAGUGGGACCACCGGACUUAAAACUUUGGUUAGAUAUCUGCUGUACAUGUUUAGAACUGGUUGCACAUCAGGAACAUGUGCCACUUUUAAUUACAUUUGUGCAUUCACUCUCAGGUGCUUCUGGAAAACAACAUGUUUAUUGGCUUUGUUUGAUGUGCUGUAGCUGAGAGCUGCCAAGAAACAUGAAGCCACGAAGUGAAGAGGCCGUAAAAUACUUUUGUGAUGAGAUUAUAAUAUAAUAAUCACUGAUAAGAGUUUGUAUCAUCUCUCACUGGUUGGAUGUGGGUUUAUUAUCGUGUAAAAGAUGACCUGAUCCUUGACAGAAGUACACAUGUGACCUAAAAGGAUGAAUGUGUUUCUGAAGUGCUUCAGUAAAUAUCAGUAGUUUUUUUUAAUAAAGAGGCAUAAAAAUGUGAAA